CCUUCGUAUUAUUUUUCUAUUGAAUACAAGGUUUGAAUGAUUUGCACAUCGUUGCAUUAUUUUUCUCAAUUUCCAUUCUAUGCAGUGUCCCUACUUUUUUUUGAAAAACAGGGGUUGUAAAUGAACUCCAUGUUAAAAAGAUCCAUGUGAAUUGAACACGAAAGGUGCUAAUUUCAUGCAAGGAGUUAACUGAAACCAGACCCCUGUUAGCUGACAACCCUGAGAGCAGAGUUGUUGAAAUGGCAGAUCACUGUGUCAUUCCCGGUCAGUUCCCAGUCCUGUGUCGUGGUGAGUGCACGUGCUUCCAAGGAGCUUGACAGGGAAUUGCAGCCUCAGAGGUCUUGAUAAGUUCCAGCCAACAUGGACAUCCUGCAGGUCCUGGUGCUCCUGCAGUUGCUGGCAGCGCCGACAUUCUCUCUGACGGCGCCGAGCAACGACUACUGGGGGGAGUACGGGCCCUAUGGGCCAUGCAGCCGCCCCUGCGGCACAGGAUUGGCCGUGAGGACCAGGAAGUGCAUCACGGCAAGGACAGACGGAGGACACAACUGCUUGGGGUCUUCUAAAUCUUACCGCACCUGUAACACACAGGCUUGUCCGCCAGGCUCCAGAGACUUCCGUGAGGAGCAAUGUGCCCAGUUCGAUCAGAUGGACUUUCAGGGCAAGCGCUACUCCUGGACACCUUACCAUGGAGCUUCCAACCCCUGUGAGUUGAACUGCGUCCCCCGUGGAGAGAACUUCUUCUACAGACACAGACCGGCCGUGGUGGACGGGACAGCCUGCUAUGUGGGCCGCAGUGACAUCUGCAUCGAUGGCGUCUGCAGGGCGGUGAGCCAUGGGGAGAUUCUCGGCGUGGACCGCGACGUGGAGCCCGCCCCUGCCGCCCCCGUCACCAGCCCCCGUCACCGGGAGUCCCUGGCGUACACCUACACGCAUAGCGCCUGGUCGGAGUGCUCGGCCCCCUGCGGCGGAGGCACGCAGUACCGCAGUGUCCAGUGCACGUCACAGGGGACAACAGCGCCUCAUGUGGUGGACGACUCUUACUGCGUCUCCCAAGGCCUGCUCAGGCCAGCCAGCCAGCAAGCCUGCAGCCAGCAGCACUGUGCAGAGUACAGUGUGUCCAGCUACAGCGUGUGCUCAGUGACCUGCGGGGAAGGCCAGCAGACCAGGGAGGUGUUCUGUGUGGGGCCAGAGGGAGAGCACCUUGACGACCACGCCUGCAGUGGCUUAACCCGCCCGCCCUCUGUCCAGGCCUGCCGCAAGCCGGCUUGUCACGCCCACCUCAGCUGGCACGUCAACGACUUCGGACUGUGCACAAAGAUAUGUGGUGGAGGGGUGCGGGAGAGGAGGGUAGUCUGUAUGGACCCCGACCAGAACCCAUAUGAGGACAACAGCUGUGCUCCCCAGCCCAAACCCCUCAGCGUGGAGCACUGUAACACCCAGGCCUGCCCUGGGGCCCAGAGUUUACCAAGUGUUGAUGACCCAAGAGGACAUGAAAGCACUCUGAGAGGAUUUGUUCCCUAUGACCCCUCAGCCGCUACCGCAGUGUACGAGCCCCAUGGAGUGGCUGUGGUUGGUCCUCACUGUGCCCAGUCAUUCUACGGCUGCUGCCCCGACGGCCACACAGCCGCCCGCGGCCACAGAGGAGAGGGCUGUCCUGCACACGACUGUGUGCACUCCCGGUACGGUUGCUGCUUGGAUGGGGUGACCACUGCUCAGGGUCAUGCAAGGGCGGGAUGUCCUGACUAUCACCCAGCCACAGGCCCCUCAGCACCAACUUACGCUCGGUCCAGCCAUAUGUGCCACCUGUCACGUGAUGAUGGGCCCUGUGCUGACUGGACAUCCCGCUUCUACUAUAACUCGGCCACCGGGAGUUGUACACAGUUCUGGUACGGCGGGUGUCAAGGUAACGCCAACAACUUUGUCUCCCGGGAUGUUUGCCAGAGGGAGUGUGGCGGUGCCGUUGUGACACCCAGACAGCCAUCUCCGCGUGCACGGACGGGUGUAAGAAUGAGAGUUGGCCCGAGGGUUAGAGCAUACCAUCCCAGGUCUUAGGAGGCAUGAGUAAAUGUGUUUAAGUGUCACUUGAACGCAAUGUUUUUGUACAGAGGAAAGAAAAUACAUGAGGUAAUAUAGUAGACUACUUCUGUUACCUGUGAAAAAGAUUCUUCCAAAAUGUGAACAUCACCAGU